GAAGAUGAUGUUGAAUUUGAGUUAAUUCAAAUACUGGAGAACGCUAACAACGGAUCCAUAUCUCUUGGUCAUCUUGGACACGCUCAUAUGGAACAAGAGAGAAUUUGGCCACAGGAAUUUCGAUCGAGGAAAAGAUUGCGAAAAGAGAGAAGGAGAAUCGGACAUGUACAACAUCUCGAUCGCCCAGGCAGCUUCGGCGCUCCCAUAUUCCAUCCAACGUUGGAUACGAAGCAACGACAGCAUCACUCCGAUAAAGUGGAUUAUUCGAAUCAAGAUGCCAAACCGGUAAUGCUUCAAGCCGAGACCAUUACCACGACAACGACUGCACCGCUUUUUACAUUCCCAACAUUUCCCCCUUACACUUUCCCUACAAUCCUUCCCUCCCCGCACCUAUUACUGUUCGAUGGCCACAACUCUGUUCCCACUCCCAGAAUGGUGAACAAUGUCUCAGUUUCUUCGCAUGCAUUUGGAAUUACUCAGCCGAAUCAUUCUGCGUUACCAUCCGCAGCUGUGAAUGGUCAAACGCAUGCUUUUGAGUCUCCGAUGUCGGCGUUCAUGCAGUUACCACACCUUCACCAGUUGCCUCAGCCUCAGCUAGUCUCAAAUGACAUUGGUGCGCAGGAGCACAAUGGAACGAUGGCGAGUCCAUUCAAUAUAUUCGCUGCCCAGCAGGCGCACCAUGUGGAUUCACAGUCUGCAGAUCAUCAGCGAAUGGCUCUGCCACUCUACCAGCCUUUUGAGGCUACACAAACACCUGUGAAGCACAAUGACUAUGCUUCUCUUCUAGAACAACAAAUCCUUAACCCCUUUUCCUACUCGCCUAACGCACAGACAACAGCAACUCACCUAGGAAGGCAGAAGACAGAUAGAUUACCAAUACGUGGUGAGGAAAGAACUGACGUGGUAGAGCCGUCACUGCCACCGACUCAUCAACAACUAGGGGCGCUAUUCCGUCCUCCACCAUUCCCCGCCCUUACUUCAGCACUACAAAAUUUCCAAGCACAGGGAUAA